CAGACAGUCUGAGAGAGGAGAGAGGACCUGCUUAACAUAGUAAGACCUGUUGAUUGGAAGAACGGAGCUUGUGCUUAAUUCUGACAGAGAGGGUGAGGCGAUCCUGGCACCCACUCCAGAGGAUGGAUUUCCAGUCAGCAAUGGAGGCAUUGGACCCCAAGGAUACCAAGCGCUGCACCUUGGAAGAGGUGCAGGGGGUCCCUUUGUUCCCAGACCUGGUGGAGCAGUGGGAUUCUCUGUGGAACUUUAAAGCCCGGCCUGAUGACCUUCUCAUUUGCACUUAUCCCAAGGCAGGGACCACCUGGAUGCAGGAAAUUGUGGACAUGAUACAGCAAGGAGGAGACGUACAGAAAUGUGCACGGGCCCCCAUCUACGAACGGAUACCUUUUAUAGAGAUGUGUUUUAUAAAACUUCUCCCCACAGGUUUCGAAAUGGUGGAGGCCAUGCCUUCCCCAAGAACACUCAAAUCUCACUUCCCAGUCCAUCUCCUGCCUCCUUCCUUCUGGGAACAGAACUGCAAGAUCAUAUACGUGGCCAGGAAUGCGAAGGACGUUGCAGUCUCUUACUUCCACUUCCACCGCAUGGGCAAGCUGUUUCCAGAACCUGGAAACUGGGAUGAGUUUUUGGAGAAGUUCAUUGCUGGGAAGGUCGCCUGGGGCUCUUGGUCUGACCAUAUUCUGAACUGGUGGAAGGCCAAGGAUCAUCACCCGAUUCUGUACCUCUUCUAUGAAGACAUGAAAGAGGAUCUAGCCCGGGAAAUCCGGAAGGUAGCGCAUUUCCUGGGUGUAGAGCUCCCAGAGCCAAUUCUGAACCGGAUCGUGCAGCACACGCAGUUUGAGAGCAUGAAAGCAAACCCGAUGUGCAAUCUCAGCACCAUGCCGCCUGAACUUGUAGAUCCGAACAUGCCUCCGUUCAUGAGAAAAGGCAUCGUCGGAGACUGGAAGGAACACUUCUCAGAGGCUCAAAGGAAACAGCUGGAUGACAUCUGUACCCAGUUACUGGCAGGCACUGGCCUGACCUUCCGCACAGAGCUAUAAGUGCCUCUCUGGACCACUCAACUUCAGGAAAAUAUGUUUGUGGAACAUUGAUUUCAACUGCAUGUAAUAAAAUGUGACCAGAAACCCCAAGUGUUGGGAAAAUUCAGAUAAAUCCUGAUAGGAAAAGGUUGCUUAUAUGUGCCUUUGUGUUAUAAAAUCAAAC